AUGCAAGCACACCUAAGAUCUAUAUUAAAUGAUUUAUUUGUAUUCAAAGAUUUGGGUCAUUUAGAAGGAAAAGUUCAGAAGUUGAAAGAACAGAAAAUCUUUUUUAUUUUCAAUGGUAGCGCAGAUAAACACUUGAUAAAUCGUAUUCAUAGACGAGCGCAAGUGGCAGCCAUCUAUGUAUAUUGUAAAAGACCUCAUUGGGACGAGCAUUUACGACCGAUAUUCCCAAAAUUAAAGAGUAUAACAAAUGAUUUUGGUUCUCUGUGGAAGAAUCUAAAAAACGAUGUACAUGCCUAUGAAAAGGUAGACAACGCAAGAAUUAUCAGUAGUAUUACGCAAACUUCAAAUGAAUUUUCUGAAUAUCAAGAUAAUUUGAUUCGACUGUGGGCAAGCUACUAUAAUAGAGAGCCAUCAUAUGAGGAAAAAGAACUUCUGUUAAAGACACUCUCAGAAUAUUUUUACACUAAUGAGAGCAUGCAUAAUGUCUUAAAGGAAUUUAAAGACACUAUUGGACCUACUACAGCCAUCAAUUGGUAUACCCGAGAGUCUUUGAUUAGCCGGUUGGUGAAUCAUGCUUUCCGUACAUCUGAUUGGAAUCUCAUUGAAAAACUUCGAUAUUUCAUUGGUUGUUUAUAUAUGCAGUUGACACUUGAACAUAGUUUAUUUGUGAAAAGAUAUCAUGAGAAUCCUUUCAUUACUCUCUAUCGUGGUCAGUUGAUGAAUAGGCUAGACUUUGAUCGUCUUAUUAAAUUCAGCAGUAGAAUUUUAUUUCUGACGAGCUUUAUUUCGGCAAGCUUUCAAGAACAUGUGGCUAUGAACUUCAUUAAUGCGUGUGAGCCAUCUUAUAAUGAAAUGCGUCUACUUUUCAAAAUCAUCAUUAAUACAGAUCUCAAAGGCACGCAACUCUAUGCAGAUAUUACUCAUCUGAGUACUUAUGUUCAUGAAGAGGAAGUUUUAAUUAUGUCUGGAGCAACAUUUAUUGUAACAGAUAUUUUAUUAAAUACACAAAGAAAGGUUCCUAUUGUUUUAAUGGAACUUUGCCCGAAUCAACAAGAAUAUGAUUUCAAGGGUGAUAAUGGCGAUAGUUUCCAAGUCACUCCAGAGUUAUUUGAUCCAGCAGAGAAUAGGAGUCAAAGUCGUAUCAGUCAAUCAUGA